AUGGAGUCUCACAGGAGCCGCAACCCCGUCUUGUGGAUAGUUCUUCUGUCUUGGAUCAUCAUCUGCGUACAUUUGUUAACCACAUCUGCUCAGUAUCUCAGAGACCUGUCAGACUAUGAGUUGGCCAGCUUUGACAAUCCUGAUGUUUUGGAUGAACCCCAAAGACGUGCAUCAAAGUUCAACCACUUUACCUUGAGUGACCAUGGUGAUGUGUUUGUUGGAGCUGUCAAUUGGUUGUACAGGUUGGACAGGAGUUUGGCAGAGAUGCAGAAUGUUUCAACCUGUGAUGACAGCAGGCCGUGGAGUGUGGCCCCCUGUCACCUUACAAAUAACUACAACAAGAUACUGGUAGUUGACAGUACCCGGCCGAACAGUUUGAUAACCUGUGGUGGUGUGUAUGAUGGUAUUUGUCAGUUACGACAGUUACAGGAUAUCAGGAACGUGAUGAUGGAGUCGGUUCCUAACGUUGCAGGGUUUGAGGAUGCAUCUACUGUUAGUCUGAUUGCUCCAGGAAGAGAUGGACAACAACUGCUCUAUGUGGCUGUUACGUUUACCAGGGAAAAUAUUGGAGAUCACGGAAACUUCCUAGCAAUUACAAGAAGACGCCUUGACAGCAAUUCCUUUUUAUCAGUAUCAUACUUUGAGGAUACGGUCUCUUACAAUAACAGGGCAUAUGUGGGCUUUUAUACCAUAAAGUAUGUUAUGCCUUUUGAGCAUUAUGGAUUCACAUAUUUCGUUGCCUCCCAGAAGGAGGAUUUGAAUUCUGCGCACUUUGUUUCAAAGAUCAACAGAGUAUGUCAGGUCGGUCUAAACCUAGACGCUUACACAGAAAUUACCCUACAGUGCAGUGGAUCAAAUGGCAGUGCGUACAGCUUGGUGCAAGCAGCUCACUUUGGACCAGCAGGACCUGAUCUAGCGGCAUCAUUGGGUCUCCAUGCAGACGAGCAGGUGCUGUAUGCUGUGUUUGCCAAGAACCAAGGAGCUCCGGGUACCAGUGAUGUCCCCACCGAUCACUCAGCAUUGUGUGUGUACAGGAUGACGGAUAUCUUGGAUGCCUUCAAAGAAGCAGUGCGGGGAUGUAUUCAGGAUGGAAAUGCGUACUCUGUUUACUAUAUAGAGGGUUCUUUUUGCAGUAGUUUCGGGAUUGACAUUCUGGAUCGCUAUUUCUGCAUACCCGUGACCAAUGAUGCUACUCAAACGCGAUUAUUCCAGUACGCCAAGGGCAUUGACCCCGUUCCAUCCACGGCAAUUCUAGAGCUGCCUGGUACUCUCAUGUCAUCAAUCAUAACCACAAUAGAAGUCAACCACACCAUCGCUUUAAUCGGAACAUCGAGUGGAGAUCUACUCAAGGUGAUUUCUUCCUAA